AUGACGGAGAAGACGGUGGUGCUGUACCCCUCCCUGGGCGUGGGCCAUCUGAACCCCAUGGCGCAGCUGGCCAAGGCCAUCCUCCGACACGGCGGCGUCGCCGUCACCAUCGCCGUCGUCGACCCGCCCGAGAAGCACGCCGUGCUGGCUGCUGCGCUGGUCCGACUGGCCGCGGUCAGUCCCUCCAUCACGGUGCACCUCCUCCCCAUCCCGCCCUGCGCCAGUAAGCAAUAUUCCCACCCCAUCGUGCCCAUCCUAGACGCGCUCCGCACCGCGAACCCCGCGCUCCGGGCGUUCCUCGCGUCGCGAGUCCCUGCCGUCGACGCCCUCGUGGUCGACAUGUUCUGCACCGACGCGCUCGACGUCGCCGCGGAGCUCGCGAUCCCCGCGUACUUCUUCUACCCGUCCGCGGCCGGCGACCUCGCGGUCUACCUCCAGAUUCCAGAUCUCUGCGGCGCCGGGCCGUCCUCGCUCAAGGACAUGGGCAAGGCGGCGCUGAACUUCGCCGGCGUGCCGGCAGUCCGCGCCCUCGACAUGCCUGACACGAUGCAGGACUGGGAGAGCGACUUGGGCAGCGUACGGCUGCGGCAGCUCGCCCGGAUGCCGGAAGCUGCAGGCAUUCUGGUGAACAGCUUCGAGUGGCUGGAGUCGAGGGCACUGAAAGCGCUGCGUGACGGCCACUGCCUGCCCGGCCGCUCGACGCCGAAGAUCUACUGCGUGGGGCCCCUGGUCGACGGUGGCGACGCCGAGGGCAACGGCGAGAGGCACACGUGCCUCGAGUGGAUGGACCGGCAGCCCAGGCAGAGCGUGGUGUUCCUCUGCUUCGGAAGCCUGGGCGCCUUCUCGGCGGCGCAGCUGAAGGAGACGGCGCGCGGGCUGGAGCGUUCCGGGCACAGGUUCCUGUGGGCCGUGCGAAGCCGAAGCUCACGCGAGGAGCAGAACUCUCGCGAGCCUGAUCUGCAGGCGUUGCUUCCGGAUGGGUUCUUGGAGAGAACCAGAGGCAGAGGAUUGGUUCUGAAGAACUGGGCGCCACAGACGCAGGUGCUGCGGCACGAGGCCGUGGGUGCCUUUGUAACUCACUGCGGGUGGAACUCGGUGCUGGAGGCAGUCAUGUCCGGCGUGCCGAUGAUCUGCUGGCCGCUGUACGCGGAGCAGAGGCUGAAUAAGGUGCACGUGGUGGAGGAGAUGAAGGUUGGGGUGGUGAUGGAAGGCUAUGACGAGGAGUUGGUGACUGCUGACGAGGUGGAGGCUAAAGGUACGGCUGGUGAUGGAGUCGGAGGAAGGGGAGAAGCUCAGGGAGAGGACGGCGAUGGCGAAGGAAAUAGCUGCCGAUGCCAUCAAAGAUGGCGGGUCGUCUCACGUCGAACUUGGUGA